AUGUCUGCCACUCAAACAUUCAAGAUCCUCGGCUACGGCCACACUGGGAUCACUGUUCGCUCCAUGUCAGACAGCCUUCGAUUCUGGAAUGAUAUCCUUGGCCUCCCCGUGAUUUGGAAUCAGACCAUCCCCGGGGGUUUCACCCCCGGAGACCCGACCCACAUCAUCACAGGCGCCCCAGCCGGCACGACCAUGCAUGUGACCUGGCUUGGACUUCCACAGACUCCCCACGCCGGUGGAAGCAGUGAUCCCUCUCAUAUCUCCACGCUCGAGCUGAUUCAGUACGACUUGCCGGCUGACAUCGCCGAAGAGCAGAAGAGUCGCACCCCGCAGACAAGAAGUUGGGAUGUAGGCGCGGCUCAUGUCAACCUUAUGGUUCAGGGUCUCGAUAGCAUCUUGGAAAGGGUCAAGACCGAAGGCUGGUUUCUGUAUAGUGGUGUGUUUACCAUUCCCCAGGAGUCACCAGAAACGAAGGCCAGGGGUCAGAGGGUGUGCUAUUUGAGAGGCCCGGAUGGGGAGAUAGUUGAGCUGACGGAAAUACCGAAAGAGCUGUGA